UGUUUGUUUUCUUGACAGCCGCUCGGGUUCUGCUGCUGGGCUGAACUUGGCCGCUGCUAAAACCCAUCUUCAGAGCGGCACAUCGGACGCGCAAGACAGAUGGACCCGCAGGCUCAGUCCUACAUGCUCGCGAGCCUGACGCGGCCCCACUCCGAACAGCUGCUGCAGGGCCUCCAGCUGCUGCGACAGGACCAUGAGCUGUGUGACAUUGUGCUGCGCGUGGGCGACGCCAAGAUCCAUGCCCACAAAGUGGUGCUGGCCAGCAUCAGCCCCUACUUCAAGGCCAUGUUCACAGGCAACCUGUCCGAGAAGGAGACCUCCGAAGUGGAGUUUCAGUGCAUUGACGAGGCUGCGCUACAGGCCAUAGUGGAGUAUGCCUACACUGGGACAGUGUUUAUCUCCCAGGAGACAGUAGAGUCCCUGUUGCCAGCUGCCAACCUGCUCCAGGUCAAGCUGGUGCUGAAGGAGUGCUGCUCCUUCCUAGAAAGCCAGCUGGACGCUGGGAACUGUAUCGGCAUCUCCCGCUUUGCAGAGACCUACGGCUGCCAUGACCUGUGCCUGGCAGCAACCAAAUUCAUCUGCCAGAAUUUUGAGGAGGUAUGCCAGACUGAGGAGUUUUUUGAGCUGACCAGAGCAGAACUGGAUGAAAUAGUGUCGAACGACUGUCUGAAGGUGGUGACAGAGGAGACUGUGUUUUACGCCCUCGAGUCGUGGAUCAAGUAUGACGUGACUGAGCGGCAGCAGUACCUGGCUCAGCUGCUGCACUGUGUGCGUCUCCCUCUGCUCAGCGUCAAGUUCCUCACCCGCCUUUAUGAGGCUAACCACCUCAUCCGUGAUGACCACGCGUGCAAGCACCUGCUCAACGAGGCCCUCAAAUACCAUUUCAUGCCUGAACACCGUCUAUCCUACCAGACUGUGCUGUCCACUCAGCCGCGCUGCGCCCCCAAAGUGCUCCUUGCCGUAGGAGGCAAGGCUGGACUCUUCGCCACGUUGGAGAGCACGGAGAUGUAUUUCCCCCAGACAGACUCCUGGAUUGGGCUCGCCCCCCUCAGUGUGCCGCGGUAUGAGUUUGGCGUGGCGGUGUUGGACCAGAAGGUGUUUGUGGUGGGAGGGAUCGCCACUCACAUGAGGCAGGGGAUCAGCUACCGCAGACACGAGAGCACGGUGGAGCGAUGGGACCCAGACAGCAACACCUGGUCCAGCGUGGAGCGCAUGGCGGAGUGCCGCAGCACAUUGGGAGUUGUAGUCCUAGCCGGGGAACUGUACGCGCUGGGGGGCUACGAUGGCCAGUACUACCUGCAGUCUGUGGAGAAGUACGUCCCCAAGGUGAAGGAGUGGCAGCCAGUGGCGCCCAUGACCAAGUCCCGCAGCUGCUUUGCCACUGCGGUCCUGGAUGGCAUGGUGUACGCCAUCGGGGGGUACGGACCAGCUCACAUGAACAGUGUGGAGCGCUACGACCCGAGCAGAGAUGCCUGGGAGAUGGUGGCCCCCAUGGCUGACAAGCGCAUCAACUUCGGCGUGGGGGUCAUGCUGGGGUUCAUCUUUGUGGUGGGCGGUCACAAUGGGGUGUCCCAUCUGGCCAGCAUAGAGAGGUACGACCCCCACCAGAACCAGUGGACGGCCUGUCGACCUAUGAAUGAACCGCGCACAGGCGUUGGCUCGGCCAUAGUGGACACCUACCUGUACGUGGUGGGGGGGCACUCGGGGUCGUCUUACCUGAACACAGUCCAGCGCUACGACCCCAUCACAGACAGCUGGCUGGACGCCAGCGGCAUGAUGUACUGCCGCUGUAACUUUGGCCUCACAGCUCUAUGACCCCUGGCUUACCUGGGCAGGACUCCUUCAGAGAAUACAUGACAAAAGGGAUUUCUUUAGUUUGUCCCCACUGCCUAGUGAGUUGAGGAAGGCUCCAGGGAGCCCACAGAGGGAGAGAGAGAGAGAGGGAGAGAGAGAGAGAGGGAGGGA